AUGUUCAAGAACACUUAUCAAAGCGGGUUGCUGUCGAUAUUCUACAGUUGCGGCUCUAACCCUUUGGCGAUAUGGGACAUGGAGGUUCACAAUGGUCAUGUAAAACGACUCACGGAUCAAGAAGUCAACUCUGUAGUAUUAGAGAUUGUGAGCACGAAUGUAGCUACUACAUUCAUAUCGUGCCCCAAAAGAAACCAAGUUCUAGGUAUAAGGCUGCCUUUCCUCGUCAUGAUCGUCAAGAACUUGAAAAGGUACUUUUCAUUCGAAAUCACUAUUUUAGACGACAAGAAUAUGCGCAGGCGGUUUAGGAUUUCCAACUUCCAAUCGACUACUAAAAUCAGGCCAUUCUGUACAACUAUGCCAAUCGGUUUGUCUGGUGGAUGGAAUCAGAUACAAUUUAACUUGGCUGAUUUCACACGAAGGGCGUAUGGAAGUGCAUUUAUAGAAACACUUCGGGUCCAAGUGCACGCCAAUGCACGUUUACGGAGAAUCUACUUCAGCGAUCGUUUGUACACGGAAGAAGAACUGCCUCAAGAUUAUAAGCUUUACUUGCCGCUCGAACGCAAAUUGAAGAAGAAGGAAGAGAAGAAAGAAGAGAAACCUGCGGAAGCGGCGGCCGGUGCGGAGGAAGGUGCGGAGGGUGCUGCUCCUCCGGCUGAAGGUGAAGCACCAGCGGCAGGAGCGCCAUCGACAGUCAAAAUGCGCCAAAGCGUUAUUCCGAAGAAGAGUGGAAUGGUUGCUGCAGCAGCGACUGCAGAAGCUGCUGAAGGGACGGAGGGUGAGAAGGCAGAAGAAGCACCAGCGGAAGGUGAAGCGGCUCCAGACGCCGAAGGAGAAGCCCCGGCUGCAGAAGGUGAGGCCCCAGCAGAAGGAGAGGCCCCAGCUGGUGAAGGAGAGGCUCCAGCGGAAGGGGAGGCCCCGGCUGAUGAAGGUGGCGCUCCAGCGGAAGAAGCUCCAGCAGCCGAGGGUGAACCUCCUGCGGAAGGAGCGGCCCCAGCUGAAGAUGAGGCCCCGGCGACCGAGGCCCCAGCUGAAGGCGAAACAGCAGAGGCCCCUGCAGCUGAGGCCCCCGCUGAAGCGCCCGCGGAGGAGGCCCCAGCAGAGCCAGCAGCAGAGUAA